GAGAAGCUGAGAGCAUUACAGAAGGUGAGACAGCAGUAAACGAUAAGGAGAGUUUAACAGAGCGCCGGUGGAAGAGGGUGAGACAGGUGAAGGUCGAGGAGGAGGAGAGACGGAGACACGUCGUCCUGCUGAUCAUCUGAAGGGCCUGUAGAACGUGCUGCUGAGAGCUUCGCCAUGGCAACCAAAAUAGUAACACAGCGUUGCCAGGAAGAGCAGAUGGACCAGAUGUCUCACAGCAUGGAGAUGUCCUCCCAGAUCAAGAAGAGAAAGUUCAAAUCCAGUGAUGAAAAAGCGUCCUUCAGUGAAUUCUAUCCCAUCAUUCCUGGAGACGUCAUGUCCGUCAAGGAGAUCCUGACCGAGCCCAAGUUCCCGCGACACAGGACAUGGGAGGCCCUGAGAGAGACCAUGUCCAACGACGAGUUGGGUGAGAGAGAACAGUGGACUCUGUUUGGCAAUGAGGCUGAGAAACUGGAGAUCGGGGUGAUCAGAAACCAGCAUGUUGUCCGUGAGCGUGUGGAUCGAUUCGCGCUGCGCCGGGAGGCCGAGAGAAAAGCUGCAGUGCACAUGAAGUUUAUUGAGGAUUUGAGCAUGAAGGCUCCUGACUUCCCCGUCCCGCUGCGAUCGCACUCGGUGUGGGCCGGCAUGGAUGUCAAAUUCUCCUGUACGGUUCAGGGCUGCCCGAUUCCCAGCGUCACAUGGUAUAAGGAUGACGUUCCUCUGCGAGGAUCCCUGCCCUGGAACUACAAGCUGAUGCAGAAGUUCGGCCUCAACGUGUUGGAGAUCAGAAGAUGUUCUGCUGAAGAUGCCGGAGAAUACAAGGUCAUAGUGAAGAGUUCCCUGGGAGAGGCGACGUCCUGCGCCAGUCUGCUAGUUAACUCACACGAAGGAGCAGAAGCAAAACUGAAGCGCUUGUGGACUCCCAGUAAGUGCCUUUCCUCUUCAUAAUGCAUAAACAUGGAUGCCUUUUGAAGUACUUUAAAGGGUUAGUUCACCCAAAAAUGAAAAUGGUGUCAUUAAUGACUCAC